AUGCUAGUAACAGAGUACCAUGAGGUGGUGGCGAGACUGAACGAGCUGGUCAAAAUUAAAUGUGACCAAGUGCAUUCGCGUUUCACUUGCACAUUCGACGGAUACGAAGACGAACAGACCUUGACGACAUGCUCUAACUGCCGAGAACGAGUCGUGGAGAUGUCUAGACUUUUUGUUGAACUCUGGCCUGGGGACUGGCACAGCGGACAUGGUUCCUACAUCCAGGACUCACUCCUCGACACCAUCGAGUCAACAGAAGCGUCCACCGACGGACUGGAUAUCGCUUCGAUGAUAAAAUUCCGAUUGAAGCAUACUUACUUGGCAGACCGUGUCAUUAAAGAACUCGGACUUCCAGCCCCGAGCAACAAGCCAUGUGGGAUCUGGAACAAAGUCGAGUGGGAAAAGGAGCGCCGCCAAAGGGAGGACGAACCUGUUUUCGACAGAUCUCGGGAUUUUACCUGGAGGAAAUUCACCGACGGCAAUCUCAUACCCCAAGGGACUAUUCAGCAGGGGCCCGGAUUUGUUCGGUUUGUGCAAUAUCUUGUUGCGGCGGUCCGCCAGAAAGAGUUUACCACCAAGAUGUCACACGACGAGUAUGACGAACUGAUCGAGAAGAUGAUCAAGUUGGUCGAAGAUGCUGGAGCUUCUGAUUCAGAUCUGGCAUGCGAAUGCGCUGCGGCUCGACUGGCACGUGUCGAUUGA